AUGGUCCGUGCAGACAGUCAGAGCCGCGCUAGUGACGAUUCGUGGCUGCUCAGGCGAUUCAUCCUGUACAUAUACAGAUACUCGAGUGCACAGUUUGAGACUUCUUGCAAACCCCCCCGAUUUCAUCCGAGACUCGGUCUCAUGGCCGCCAACGACGCUGUUCAGGAUGAAAUCAUCUCAAUCAAUUCCAUCUUUGACGAGGGUACCCUGACGCUUCUCGACGAUGCAACUAGUCUGUGCACAUGCAGCCUUCGACUUCCAUUUCUUCCCUCGGUCACUUUGAGAGUUGAAUUUCCAGUUGAUUACCCUGAUGCUCCCCCAUCAAUAAUGGGCACGCAAAGUGUAGGGCAGGAAGUUGCCAAGGGCAUGGGAAGCAGGGUAGUCGAAGUAGUUAGGCAUGUUCUAGCUCAGGUUUUCCGCCCAGGUGAAAACUGUCUCUACGAUUUGCUCGAAGAAACUCGAGAAGUGGUGGAGAAGGAGGAAGAGCGCAUAAAGGAUCAAGUACACGAAGAGCAGCACCAAGUGCCCGAGCAUGAUACUUCAGCAUCAAACAACACCACUCCAGACCUAGGCCCCGAACCCCCUUGGACAGUUGCCCCGCCCAUUAUAGAGAAGAAGUCUGUAUUCAUCGCACGAGCAGCGCCUGUCACUUCACCACUUCAGGCAAAGCAAUACGUUGCCCACCUUUUAGCCACUGACAAGAAAGCUGCUCGAGCAACACACAAUAUGACUGCGUGGCGUAUAAGAGGUCCGAACGAAACGAGCUACCAGGACUGCGACGACGACGGAGAAACGGCGGCUGGCGGAAGGAUGCUGCAUCUAAUGCAGCUCAUGGAUGUUUGGGAUGUCAUGGUCGUGGUUACGAGAUGGUAUGGUGGUGUGCAUCUCGGGCCAGAUAGAUUCCGCAUCAUCAAUACAGCUUCAAGGCAAGCAUUGAUACAAGGUGGAUUCGCAAAAGAAGGGAAGGAAGCCGACGGGAAGAAGAAAGGGAAAAAAUAG